GGGGUGGGUUCUGGGUUCUGGGUUCGGGCACAGAAGAAGACUCGGAGCGCCAUGAUGCACUUUUUAUGAAUUACACAUGCAGAUGUGGUGGUGAUGGAGUGUGUGAGUGAUGUUCAGGUGUUGCAGGUACAUUGUGUAUCUCUACACUCAGGUGUGUUGUUAGGCAGUGUGUGUUCAGGAUUGCUGCUGGGAAUCAUGGCCGCUGUUCUCAUACACACAUUUAUCAUCAGACCCUACUGCCUGUCUCACAAGUCUAAGAACCACGACCCCUGGAGCCUGAUGGAUGUAGAUGAGGGUGAUGGAGAACAUGAUGAAAGAAAGAACAAGAAGAGAGAACCUGCUGACACACUGAGCCCCCCGGACCUGGACCUGGACCAGGAGCCACCUCUGCUCAGUGAUGAUGUUACUGCGUUUGCACUGAAGGCCAGAGUGGUUUAUCCCAUCAACCAGAGAUACAGACCGUUAGCAGAUGGAGCCUCUAAUCCCUCACUGCAUGACUCUGCAUCAUCUGAUUGGUCGAGCCAGACUGAAGAGGAAGAUGAGAGCAGUGAGAGCGUCUCCUCUGGCUCCGCCCACAAAGCACACCUGAACCUCACCUUCAGAAGAGCAUCACACUACGCACACACACUCUGUUAUACUGAAUGUGAGAGCAGACUGAGCAUGCUCUGUGUGACGCUGGAAAACCUCCAUGAACAUGCAGCUCAGUUACAACAGGACAAAUUGGAAAUUUUCCUCCAGAUUGUGAGAGUUCUGUUUAAUUCAGAUGCUCAGCUAAUACAGCAACAGGAAAAGGAAACAGAGCAGCUGAAGAGCGCUGCAUCUCCUGAACUACUGGGAUCUACACAAGGUGCAGAACUCAACUCACACACCUGCACCAUCCAGGAGGUGGAGAAUACAGGACAAGAGAGACUGGAACACACACUGCAUACAGCUCUGCAUUUUGCUAAACAGCUGGAGCACCUGUGUCAGCAUAGCUGUAGAGGCGGGUCCAGUGUCAUCUCACAGGAUGUGACACGUACACUCGUCCACUGCCUGCUAUUGGUUGAGAGGCAGCUAACUGACAUUCAAGCUAACAUCACACAGACUCUGUAUGAUAGGCUGCAGUGGUGGGAGGAGCUAUCUGGGUGGCUCAGAUUAAAAACCAGUCUCUUUAGACAGGAGGCGGAGCUUAUAGUAAAGCUAACCAGCCAAUCAGUGGAGGAGCUGACGGCUGAUGGACAGCUGGAGUUUGAUCAGAUGGAGAAACUAAUUACUGAUCUACAGAGAGGCAUUACUGAUCAUCUACAGGAUCUAACACUGCAAAUCACACAGAACACUCUGCAGGUCAUCAGUGAGCACUGUCAGAAGAGGAAUGUGAGGAUGAGGAAGAUGAUGAAGAAUCAGAACAAAGAGAAGAGUCACAUGACCCAGUCACAUGAUCAACAAAGUGCUUACCAGAUCGCCACGGUGUGGGCGGAGCUGCAGGUGAAACAGUGGGGUGAGAGAGAAGAUCUGGAGCUCCAGCAGGACAGACGACUGUCUGAUAGUGUGUGUGAUGUGUGGAAGAAGUUGUUUGCUGAUUUUUCGGAACGUGUCACAGCCUUCUGGAGAGAGUGUGUACUGAGCAUGCUCACCACAAGCUUCACCCUCUCAAAGCAGAAGUGCCACGCCCUGCUGAACAAUAUCGACCUCACACUGUCCAGUCAGAUGCAGCAGGAGGAGAACCACACCCACCAGCAACUACACAAGCUCACAGAGCAACUACAGCAGGAACGACAGAUAUGGACUGAACAGGAGGCGCUAGCUACCAAUGCAAUUAAUCACCUAGGCAACCAAAACAUGAAGGUUACUAUGGGAACAGUUGCCGGGCAGCAAGACCUGAGGAACAGUGCUGAAGGUAUCGAGAACAAACAGCGCCUCCUAGUGACAGAGCUCCAACGCUGCCUAACAGCUCAACACUUCUACUACACACUACUGAGAGAGAUGAAGAUUACACAGUUAACACACACACAUACACAGAGCCUGCAGCAGGAGCUCCUAUCAGAUCUUGAAGCAGCUUCUGAGCUCCUCCGAAGCCACGCCCAGGUUCUGAUUAGCCACGCCCUUGCCCACAGAACUCGGCUGCGAUUGGUCACCACUGCAUUGUAUGAUACUCCAGCAGCAGAUGAUGGACAGAAGGAACAGUGGAUGCUGAGGAUACGUGAGAGUGUUUCACAGGAGUUUCUUUCCACUCUCAUUAACAACUACUACACACACCUUCAAACUGUCGUCACGGCAACACAGCUCCGUCCACUUCGACAACACAAAGAGCUGACAGACAGAUGGAGUGUGAGGGCAGAGUGUGUUAAAGCUCUACAGAAGGAACUGAAUCUUUGGGCCAGAAAACCUCAAUCAGUUCAGUUCUGCAGGAGGGUUGAAGAGCAGAAGAGAAGGUUUUUCACUCAUAGUGAGGAGGAGUGUGGUGGUGAGAUGGUGGAUCUACAACACCUAAUACACACCAUCACAGAGGAGCUUCAGAAGGAGGAGAAGAGUUUCAUGUCACGGCUGGUGUCUCUAACAGGAGUUCCUGUAAUAAACACUAAUGCAAGCAAAGAUGCAGAUCACACACAACUACACACCUAAUCAUUUAAUAAUCAUUAUUACUACACACCACAAUCCAUAACAUUCACUAUACUGAGAGUCCUAGAGAGUCACAAACUCAACAAUGACCCCCCCCCCCCCCCCCCCCGUCUGACCUGAUGCACUGAUGAAUAAGUGGAUUCAGUUGUUUGUUUAAAUGAAUUGGUGUAAAUUAUUAAAAAAAUUUUGUUAAAA